AUGCAUACCUCGCCAAACUGCACGGCUGCUGUACUGGAGUCCAUUGCAACUUCGAAACAGGGAAGCUACAUAUUUUUGGAAAUAUUUGGAGUUUUGAUGUGUGUUUUCUCAGUUCCAUUGACCUAUUAUUCAUGUGAAUGUUUUGAAAAAGAACGAGUACAGAUGCAUUUGAAGAUUCUUAUGUACUUCCACCACAUUGCACUUAUUAUGUAUUCGCUAUCAUAUAUAUCUCUCGGUACCUACCACUUGUUAUCCCGUUUGGUAUUUGAUGGAUGUGACCUGCUAGUUCCAAUUGACAUUUGUAUUUGGGUCAGAAUUUUUCAGUCAUUUUCGUCAAUUUUUUUCCAAUUAUUCUACAUCGCAGUGGUCUUGAACACAUUUAUGGCAAAAUUCCAAUUCUGGAGGUCAAAUGAGAACUUUGUCAGGGGUGUUGCAUAUUUUUGUGCAUUUUUCUCAAUUUUCGAACCCCUUCCGUCAGUUUACAAAGAUAUUCAACGAGAUGGUCAUCAAUUGAAUUGCUCUUCGUUUGAGCACAAGGACGCGUUGGUUCAGAAGAAUAUUUUCAUAGGAUUCCUAACUCUCGAUUUCGGGUCUGCAAUUGGGUUUUGUAUCGCCAUGAUUCUUCAGAAAAGAGAUAUGAAAGAUCCUGUUCUAAAAUUCAACAUAACCAAGAAGCACAGAGAGAUGGAACUGCAUCGAACUUUGAUAUUAAUCUUCCCAAAUUUGAUUCUUAAUAUGUUUUGUUACGUGUAUUUUGCUGGAAUUUCAAUGAGAUGGGCAGCUGAGAAUCAGCUCGAUGGAAACGCUUUUUUGGUUGCGAAUUCAGUCCCAGUGUACGUGUUCUUCUCACCAAUAAUGUGGAUGAUAACCCUCCGCCGAUGGAAAGGAAGAGUAAAUCCGGCUCCAAUUGAGCCGGAUGACUACUGGAAAAUACUCACGGACACGUGGAAUCAGGUUUUUAACUCCAAAAAUGAUUCGGGUGGACUUGUUGUAGCUAAUGGGAGGAGGAAAAGAAACCAAUCGGAAAAUGCAUUCUACUCAAUAACCGACACGGAACACGUUGAACUAUCUUCGGGAAACUGA